CCAGCCCUUCUUGUUUAGAGCCCUUCGGCCGCCAUGACGGACUUCCUGCGCCAUGGAGGACUGUUGCUCACUGUUAUGUAGCAACAACGAAGGGGCGACGUCAUCCUUGAUCUCAGUGGCCUUCAUGCCGCCCAACGAUGCUCAAAACGAGGUUAACCUGGGCACCCACAUACCAGAGAAGCCCUUGCCUGCCUUGCCGGAGACGGCGCCAAAGAUCACGCGUCCCACAUUCUCCCGGGCCUGCUGCGGGCGUCCAGGAGAGCCGCUGAACAAGGUGUGCCUACUGGUUUCCACAGACCUCGAAGGGUUUCUACCCUACAGACUCAUCAUCUCCGAAGAGAGAGGCUUUGACUUUGCCUCCCUUUCUCCAGCACCCGAUUUUUGCUUGGAGCCUGCGCACGUGGUCAAGGUCCAACGAAUCUCUUUGGAUGCCUGGCAACAGGACCGCAGCUUUGGACUGCUGUGCAGGACUGUGGAAGCCAGGAGUGGUUUGAAGGUUUCUUUAGACUGGAGCGUUCAGGAUCGUGUUCGACCACCCUAUGUCCAUUUGGUGCAGAUCCUGGCACGCGAGAAGGAGGAGAAGCAUCCAGGGCAUUGCUCAGACUUCAUCAUCGUGGUGGGUGUGCAGACUGAAGCCCUGGCGGAAGAGCUCUUGCGCAGUUGCCUGCUGCUGAAAAAGCGACGGGCCUUGACAGCCUCCAGAAAGGUGGAAUCUUUGCUUGGGAAGACUUGGAGGCCAUCGAGGAUGGGAUACCAUGAGGUGCCAUAUGAACAGCACUGUGGGGAAUGUGGGACGAUCAGGAACCCAUAUUUGGCUGCAAAAAGAGGCUUGAUGCUUCAAGGAUGCAGUUUACGAGCUAUCAGAGCAUUGAAGUACCUCAAGAAGGACUUGCAUGAGCGUGAGACGUAAAUGAGGAAGCAAAUGGGGAAGGAUGGGGGGAAGGGAUGUGGGUGGAGAUGAGCUGGAUGAAGCUGACACACAUGCGGCAUGAGUCAGCAAUUGCAUCCAGCGAUUUCGAUUGGGAUGAGCAAUGCAUGAAGCUGAGAGGGUUGGAAAGAAACAAAAGAACAGGAUGAACAUAUUGGAAAGAGUUUUAUAUAGAGGCCAGUGGGGUUCGUUAUAUAGAGGCCAGUGGGGUUCGUUGUCCUUCCACCCGGCAGGACCAAAUGAAGGACCGGGUAGUGUGGACCGAUUAUGGCAGGGAUUAUGGCAGGCGACUAGAACUGAGCGCAGGUCUCAGGGCGCGCACGUCGGGCAGGGUGUUGUAAAGAUUGCUUUACAGGAUUUUCUGGGAGCGGCUUUGGGAUUCUGCCAGGUCAAAAGCAAUGAGUCAAUGAGAUUCUUAUGCAGAGAUGGGUCCAGGAAGCAUUGAGAUGCAUUAGGGGUGGUGCAGACAGAAAAUACGGUGAGAAGGAUGAAGCUGACGAUAUGGAAGGAGAGUCAUUGCAAAAGACGCAGGAUGAGCCUCGAGCAUCAGAUUACACCUGGGCAGUUGCGAUUAAUGAGGAGCCCAAUUGCUCCGAGAGCUCUAUUCACGUCCAUCAGGGGAUGGGCCAAGAUCAGGUGAUCAGUCAGUUGGAGCACUAUCGGUAUCAGCAUCAGUAUCAGCCAAGAGGCACACGGGUAUAAGAGCAUUUGUGUAUGUGAAGGAUAAGGAGCAUCAGAUACCAAAACCAAGGAGAUUUCCGAUGAGGAUUUGAUCCAGGAUAUGGCGCAGAGUGGUCAGCUGGUGGUUGGAGGGGGUCAGGUGAGGGGGCUGACUGGUGAUGAGAUUGUCAGGUGCCUCCAAAGGUCAAAAGACAACCUUCGAAGGAUCAGUCAUUUCACGGGAAGAAGGGUGGGGGGCAAGUGAAGUUACAACAUUGGGAUAAGAGGGCGGUGCAUGGCAGUGCAUGGUGGCCAAAAAGGAAAAGCCAUUCGAGCUACAAGGAUGCAGCUCCCAGGUGCUGAUGUUAACUGAACUGGGGGUAUCAAGAGAUUGGACCCCAAGAAAGGUGGACCAAACAAAUUUACUGGGGGCAGUUGCGUCAACAUUUAAACAUGGGCUAGAAGGUUUUUGAAAGGCAUCUGUCUAUCUUUGCAAAACCCAAGGCGGACCAAACUGAUUGACGGGGGUAUGAUAAUCCUGUGUCUCCAUUACAGGGUGCCGUGAGGACAGGUUCCGAAUGUGUUCUUCACUGCAAUUUGCAAUCGUGUUAGCUGCCUGUAAUUGGACCCAUGUCCAAAUAUCCACCGUGCAUUUGAGCUUGUGCAUCGGAGGUGAAGAGCACGGUCAAUGGAGGCAGCAGAGCAAUGUUUACGGAUGGACGUUGCUGUCACUUUUGUCUCAGAACGAUUUUCUGAAUGGAAACAAGGGGCUGGAAUGGAUGCAAAGAUUGGCCAUUGUUGAGUGACAAAUGCUUUCUCCCCAAACAAGUGAGGGUUCAGCGCUACCCAGGCAUCCUUCAUCAAGAACCGAUUCCGAACUGAUUUAUACCCAAGCAUUGGUAAAGCUACAGAUACUUGCAUUUAUCUGCCACAUUGCUCGGACAGGUUUGGCUGAACCGAAGAAGAUCCCGUGACAGAAACACUGCGUGCGGG